UCGUUCCGCGCAGGCGCGCGGCAGAGCGGACCCCGGCGGGAGAGCAGAGCUGGCGCUUGCGCAGGGGCGGUCUUGGGUGAGGGAGGGAACGGUUGCUUGUUGGUUGUUGUAGUAACCGGAGAAGCGCCGGCAGGAGCUGUGGCUACCGGGCCCAAGGGAGAUGAAGCAGCGGCAGCAGAAAACAACAUUGGCUAGAUCUGUCGAUUCUGCAGGGAAGGAUCUGAGAGGUCACAGUUUCUGGGCUGUAUGAAAACGACCACAGGAAAUGCCAGCAGGGAUGGCUCGGGACUUGGAAGAAAUGAGUUCAUCUUCAGAGGAGGUGGAAGAUGUGGAAGGGCAAGAGGAGCACCCAUGCAUUAUGUGGACUGGUGGAUUCAGAAGGAUUCCAAUCCUAGUGUUUCAUGCAGAAGCUAUUCUAACCAAGGACAGUUACAUUCGUGUGAUUGGAGAGCGCUAUCGCUUGUCUUAUAAGAUUGUGCGAACAGAUAGUCGCCUGGUACGCAGUAUUUUGUCAGCUCAUGGAUUCCGUGAGGUGCACCCCAGUAGCAGUGAGUAUAAUCUAAUGUGGACAGGGACCCACCUGAAACCCUACAUUCUGCGAACUCUCACAGAUCUUCAAAAAGUCAACCACUUUCCCAGGUCAUAUGAAUUAACUCGAAAGGACAGAUUGUACAAGAACAUAAAUCGAAUGCAGCAAACCUAUGGCUUCAAGACAUUCCAUGUCCUGCCUCAGACCUUCGUCCUCCCAGCUGAAUACCAAGAGUUCUGCAAUUCCUAUUCGAAGGAUAGGGGGCCCUGGAUAGUGAAACCUGUGGCAUCUUCUAGGGGUCGAGGUGUCUAUUUGAUUAAUAAUCCAAAUCAGAUUUCUCUCGAAGAAAAUAUCCUGGUCUCCCGCUACAUCAACAACCCCCUACUCAUUGAUGACUUCAAAUUUGAUCUGCGCUUGUAUGUCCUAGUGACAUCCUAUGACCCCCUUGUCAUCUACCUCUAUGAGGAAGGUCUGGCCAGGUUUGCAACUGUGAGAUAUGAUCAGGGAGCAAAAAAUAUUAAAAACCAGUUCAUGCAUCUGACCAACUACAGUGUCAACAAGAAGAGUGGCGAUUAUGUCAGUUGUGAUGACCCUGAAGUGGAGGAUUAUGGGAACAAGUGGAGCAUGAGUGCAAUGCUGAGGUAUUUAAAACAAGAAGGGAGAGAUACAACUGCUCUAAUGGCCUGUGUGGAGGAUCUGAUCAUUAAGACAAUAAUUUCUGCAGAAUUAGCCAUUGCUUCAGCCUGUAAAGCCUUUGUCCCACACCGUGGUGUCUGCUUUGAACUUUAUGGCUUUGAUGUCCUAAUUGAUUCGAGUCUCAAGCCUUGGCUACUGGAGGUGAACUUGUCCCCUUCUCUGGCCUGUGAUGCUCCUUUGGACCUGAAGAUUAAAGCAAGUAUGAUUUCAGACAUGUUCACUCUUGUAGGCUUUGUUUGUCAGGAUCCAGGUCAGCGGUCAAGUCGGACAUCUUAUUAUUCAUCUGAGGCAAGGAGAAAUCCCUAUCAGAAACUCCAACGCCCUGUCUCUGCGCAGUCCCGAACAACAAAUGCCAAAUUGCGUUCUCGGCCUCUCUCUGCCAGUGAUGCUGAGAUGAAAAACCUGAUGCCCUCAGCAAGGGAGAAAGUAGCAGGAAAGCAUGUUGGCUCCAUGCUAGGCCUUUCCAUGGAGGAGAUAAAAGUUUUGCGUCGAGUGAAAGAGGAAUAUGAGCGAAGAGGGGGAUUUAUCCGCAUAUUCCCUACGCCACUAACUUGGGACCUUUAUGGGUCCUAUUUGGAACACAAAACAACAAUGAAUUAUAUGCUGGCCACUCGCCUUUUCCAUGAAAGUUCCCAGUACCUUGAAUGUAAGAAGUUAUCUUAUACAGAGCACCAGAGAGAGGACAUUCCCAAGCCUAUUUGCCUGGGAGAAGUCAGGAAUGGAACCUGGGACCUUAUGUGUGCAAAGGGAGGGUCAAGAAGAGGUCCAGUUCCUAGACGAACUCGAGUAGCUCUUUCUGGAGAUCUGGACCUAGAAAUAAUGGAUUAUAAUGCUCAACUGCAUGCCACUCUAUAUGAGCGGAAACUCCUGUCACUAGAGGUCCGGAAGCGAAGGCGACGUUUGGGCAAACUGAGACGGGCGAGACUAUCAGGAAGUUCAAAGUCAGCUGAUUUUGUCCUCAAGUCAGACAUGGAGAGUGAAGAAGAGGAGGAGGUAGCAGAAGAAGAUGAAGAGCUGGAGGUACCUCAGAGUGAAACAGCUGGCUCUCUCAGGGAUAUGCAGGUGAAAUGUAAGCAACAGUUGUCAGAGCAGGUGGAGGCUGCCCGCCAAGGGAAGUUGCUGAAGGACACUGAACAGAAACCUGUAAAUGAAGCGCCGUUGCUUCAAGACAAGACAGAGCCUGCACCUAAGGAUGAUGAACCUCCAUUUAAUUUGCUGAAAAGUCUGCAAGAGAACAAGAAUCUAAGCAAAGUUCAGGCUCGCAGGGCUUUCUCUGCCUACCUGCAGCGUGUCCAGCUGCGCCUGAUGAAGGAGGCUGGGGAUCAGAUCCAGAAUGCUGCUUGGGCUGCCAAGGAGGAUGAGCAGAUGGAAUUGGUAGUUCGUUUCUUGAAACGAGCAGCCAGUAAUCUUCAACAGUCUUUGAGGAUGCUACUCCCAAGUCGGCGCCUGGCCCUUUAUGACCGUAGGCGCAUCUUGGCUCACCAACUGGGUGAAUUCAUCAUCUGUUAUGACAAGGAAACAGACAAAAUGGCUCAGAACAAGUUAAUAAAGAAACAAGAGGAAGAGGAGGAGGACAGCAUAGAUGCUGAUGGCUUUCAGGAAUUUGUUACUAAGGCAAGUGAAAGUGAUCUGGAAGAGGUAUUAACAUUUUAUACACACAAGAAUAAGUCAGCAAGUGUCUUCCUGGGAACAAAUGCUGGAGCUUCAAAGCACAAUAAUAGCCAGUUGGAAAGCCAAGCCAAGGGAGAUCAUUCAAAAACAAUGGAAGAAGUUGAAAAACAGCGGAUCCAAAUUCUAACUGAUAUUGAGAAUGUGACGAAGGGGCAGAGAGGUGGCCAGUCCAAAGAAACCAGACCAUCUAAGCAAGAUGUAGACAGUAGUGAGCUCAGAAGGGGACAUGCCUGUAUCAGUCAGUCAUCGAUAAUGCCCUUUGGAGUUCUUCCUCCAACAGUAGAUGAAGAGAAUGUACCACAACUCAACCCCUCUACUGCUUCUUCCCCUGUUCCUGAUGCCAUCCUUCCACAAAGCAUCAACUCUCAGUUGUCCUCGCAUGUUGCUGCCUCUGAAAAUGCACAGGUGCCUGAUCAUCACUCAACCCUGUCUUUUUCAUCUGGUCCUAGAUUGACUCCUUCCCCUUCUUUCCAAAGCACAGCACCUGACAGCUGGUCUAACACAGCAAAAAAUGCACCUUGCCUGUCCUCAAAUGGUGCAGGCUUACACCGUAGUCUGUCUGGCAGUUACACUGUCAGCCCCUUCUCUUCCUUUCAGAGUGCUAUGCAGAUCUACAGCCAGAGACUGUCCCGGCCAUCCUCAGCAAAAGCAGCAGGUUCAAGGAGUCUCAGCCCAAGCAGACAGCGUGGUGGAUCUGCUAGGGUGAAUAAGGAUGGUGAAGACUAUUCUUUCCACAACAAGCGCUACAGCCAUAGUAUUGUUGCAACAGAACUGCAGCGACUUGCGGAGAAGCAGGCAGCCAGGCAGUACUCUCCACCCAGUCACCUCAAUCUCCUUACGCAGCAGUUCACAACCUUAAAUCUGAUGAGUGGAACUGUAAGCAGAGCAAAUGCAUCUUCUCCUUCCAGUUAUCGGUCAUCGCUUACCCAAGGAAGUUCAUUUUGGGCCUUUCAAACACACACGCACACGGCUGAUGUCAAACCUACAGCUUUGACAGUCAAGACAAGGAAUUAUGGAAGCCUUGCAGGACAAGGAAUUAUGGAAGUCGAAAUGGAAAGGUCUUGUCACUGAACUUGAGAAUUUGGAAAGGCAGAAAGCGGUCCUGGUGCUACAACACAAACUGUCUGAAAUGGAUGAUUUCAAAAACCAAGUCCAAACUGUAUUUGACUUUGGAGUUGCCUACUGGACACAUACAGUCAACUGAAGAAAUAUGCAUUUGGGCUUCUCUGAGUCUUUGGUUCAACAUAUGUGUGUGUGAUCAAAUGUCUUCUAAGUUGUUGUUUUUUUUAAGCGCAAACUAAGGAGCCAAGUGGAAGGUGUGAAUUUUGAGUCUUGCCUUAAAAUGAAAAUCAGACCAUAUUUUCUGAACACUGAGAUUCUUUAAAGCCAUCCAAGAGCAGAAGUCACAUUGAAAGGGAUUGGAACAUUGUGCAGGCAAUGUAAAUGCUUCAGUACCACCCACACCACCUUGAGUGUCUAAAACACUACCCAUGAUGUUGGCAGAACAGCCCUGUUCCACUGAGACUUAAAUUUGUGCUAUGUCCCAUUAUUUCCAAUGGACAUCACAUCAUGCAACUGUGAUCGUGCAGUUUUAAGUCACAGUGAAACAUGACUGUUCUGCCACACUAGAGGCUGUGUUUUAGACACUUGCAGCAAUGUUGGCCAUGCUGAACUCCACAUUACCCUGUGCAGUGUGUGAGCCACUCUGUAUAUAGACGUCAGGCUGUCCUGGUGGACUAAUGGACAGAAUAGAAGGACCUUAUUGUGAACUGAAGUUGAUUCCACAUUUUUUCUCUUACAUCAGUCACAAUUAAUAUUGAUUAGUUGUGUCUGUGUGUGCAUAUACAGAAUGUAUGCAUCUGAUGCAGCACUGAAAAUAUUUUGGAAUAAAAAACAAAUUCUUUGAAAGGUUUCAGACCUAUAGUGCACAGUUACAAGAACGUCUGAACAGAGCUACAGUAAUAGGCAGAUUUCCAGAAAGACACAAGAGUAUUUUUGUGGUGGAGGUCACUUAGCUUAGUUUAAUACAGUUGCAGGUUUUUUCCCAACUCCACUUGCUCUCCAGCAUGACUAGUCACCAACACUGUGUCUCUCUAGCUUUAGUUGCAUCUGAGCAGAGACAGCUAAAUCCUUUUAAAAGUAUAUUAUGGAUAUAAUUUUGAACAAACAGAACUUCUUUUCAUUCUGUUGAUAUACUGCAGUCUCUAACACUAUUGGUUCGCUGGGUUUAUUUUUGUUUGUCUACACCUGAGGAUUAGGGUUAUUAAAUUAAAUGCCCUGAAGAAUCCCUGCUUGCCUUGGUUAAAUGUGCUAAUGGAGAAGUAGAAAUUAUCACUUAAAUCUGCCUGCCUUUUAAAUGGAUCAUUUAUAUAACUCAGGGGUGGCCAGCCUGAGGCUCUCCAGCAGUUGUUGGACUACAGCUCCCAUCACCCCCAGGAGUUGUAGUCCAACAACAGCUGGAGAGCUUCAGGCUGGCCAUCCCUCAUAUCGCCCUCCAAAUUUCCAGGCGGCUUUCACAGUCUUGUGAGGUAGAUCAUCCACAAUUACAUUUUGCAGAUGAGGAAGUGAAGCUGAGAUAAAUUUGUCCCAGGCUGUCCAAUAAGCCAGUUGCUGAGCAAGGACAUCUGCCUGGUGAUAUGAAGCAUUUUAAGGGUGUUGUAUAAUUUGAAAAGAUAAUUAUAAGCCACUGUCUGUAAUUUUUAAUUGGAUAACAGCUUUAUAUUGCAUACAUCGUCAUAUUGGUUCUGUGAUAUGUCAGUAUUUUGCUUAUUUUAAAGAUGAAGAAACAGGGGCUGCACAUAUUCCUUGCCAAAAAGCUACUCCGCAAUUAAUCAAGAGAGUUGGGGUUUAUAUUCAACAUGUUACACAUUUUACCAUACCAGCUCUUCAGUAGAGGCAGAGUAGAUGUUUGCAGAUCUAAAGUGUCCUCCUUCCAACUCAUUUUGACUGCUCUGAACAGGUCAGGAAAGACAAAGGCUAUCUGGUAAACCCAAAAAGAUGAAAAUAGGAAGCAUACAUAAAGCAGUCAGCUGCUAGUGCUGUACUAAGGAAUGAGUACAGUCUCCUGUCUUGUCUCCUUUACAGUCAUACUUCUUUGUUGGCCGACCUACUGACUGCUGGGAUAUAGCUACUCUGUCACAGCCCUAUGCCUGCUUGGCCUGUACGUUGUUUCCUGCUAGAAAGAGAGCUUGGGAGGGGCAGCUCUUGUCUGUCAGUUUCUUGCCAUCACCUGCUUGGAAGAUGCUGAAGACUGCCAAACAUACUGAAGUGGUUAAGUCUCCCACAGGUUGCUAGGAAAGCUGAGGGGGGAAAGUGGCUCCUGUCUGAUGGGUUUUCAAAGUGAGCCGAGUCUUUGAAGUUUCGUUUUUGCAGCUGCCAGGUAUUUUUGCCUCAGCCCCGUGCAGUGUUUCUGCACCCAGUCUUCAUACGCUGCAUUCUUUACAGCACAUGCCAAUGUUUUGUGGAUGGAGUGGGGAAGGGAAGAAAAUUAUUAGCAAAGAGUGUAGAAGGCUUUAAACAUUGUUUAAAUUUGUUUUGGCACAAGCCCCCUCUUGCUCCUUCUUUUCUCUGUGAAGUACCUCUCAUAUGACUCAUCCUAUUUUUAUGUUUUAAUAAUGCUCUCCUGAUUUUCUCCCUCUUCUGCAACUUAGAAUUGUUAGGGUAGCGUUCUGAUGCCCCCUCAAAAUAGUUUUACAAAUAUUAACCCUUGCAUUCUAUAGAGGUUAAGGAGAUCCUACUUAUUGUAGAAACAUGAGUCUUCAUUAAAGGAGAACUUUUCAGCUUC